AUGGCCAACAAAACAUCAGUUUUAAACAUCGAAAAAAAACUAUUUGUUCGUACACACGAUGAUGAAAAUAAAGAAAGUAUAACACUUAUUUGGUUUGAUCCAAACAUUGAAUUACAUGAAGAUAUUGAAAAAACAAAAGAACAACUUCGUCUUAUUAAUGAUUAUGUUAUUUUUUCUACUGACCUUGAACAAUGUAUUAGUUAUAUUGAAUUAAUUGAUAAAGAAAAAAUUUUCUUAAUAAUAUCAGGAUUUGAAGGAUCACAAAUAUUACCUCAAAUUUGUUCUUUACGUCAAAUUGAUUCAAUUUUUAUUUUUUGUAUGAAUAAAGAUCAAUGUGAAUAUUUAUUACAUGAAUAUUCAAAAAUAAUUGGAAUUUAUAUUAAUUUGGAUGAUUUAUAUCAAUCAAUAAAAGAAGAAAUUAAUUCUGUUAAUAAACAAAUAGAAAAGUUUUAUUUUUUUGAUCAAGAUCAAAUAUUAACAAAAGAUUUAUCAAAAGAAUCAACAAAAUUUCUCUUGAUUCAAUUAUUUAAUUAUGUUAUUACUCGUUUUUCACGAAAUGAACAUGCUAAACAACAAAUGAUUCAAAUAUGUAAAAAAUAUUAUCAUGAAAAUACAAAAGAAAUUAAAUUAAUUAACGAAUUUGAACAAAAUUAUCGAUCACAAGAUGCUAUGUGUUGGUAUUCAAGAAAAUCAUUUGUUUAUAAAUUAAUUAAUAAAGCAUUACAAACAGAAGAUAUCAAUUUAUUAUAUCAAUUUCGAUUUUUUCUUGGUGAUCUUUCUGAAAAUCUUCAAUGUCAACAUGAAAAAAUUUUAUUAUCAAAUGAAACUAUUUUAAAUGUUUAUCGAGGAUUUAAACUUGAUAAAGAAGAAUUUAAUAAAUUAAAACAAAAUCAAGGAAAACUUGUUUCAAUGAAUAGAUAUUUAUUAACUAGUCGAGACAAAUUACAAGAAUUUAAUUUAGCAAAUAAACCAACAAAAAGAAUUGAUAUCAUUUCUGUUCUUUUUCAUAUUCAAUGUGAUAUUAAAAAAAUUGAUAAAAAUAUUUUUUUUUCUGAUAUUAAUCAAUUAAAUGAUUAUUCAAAUAAACAAGAAGUUUUAUUUGAUUUAAAUGCUUGUUUUCAAAUUGAAUCUAUUGAAGAAUAUCAAUCAUUACAAAUAAUUAAAAUGAAUCUUUCAAAUCAAGGACAAAAAAUUACUAAAGAUUAUAUUGAAUUAAAACAAAAACAUAAAGAAAAACGAAGUAUUUCGAUUGUUUUUGGUAGAUUAUUUUGUAAUUUAGGAGAAUAUGAUAAAUCACAAACAUUUUUUCAACAUUUAUUCAAUGAUUCAAUUGAUGAAGAUCUUGCUUGGAUUGAAUUUAAUAUUGGUCGUGUACUUUCAUUUAAACGUGAUUGGAAUGAAGCUCGAAUAUAUUAUGAUCGUGCAUAUAAUCGAAUGAUGAAUAAUAAACCACCACGAAUAAAUGAUUCUGCUCAUGUUCUCAAUAAUAUUGCUUGUAUUCUUCCUAAUCAAGGUAAAUAUGAUGAAGCUCUCGAAUAUCAUCAACGAGCAUUAGAAAUUCGAGAAAAAAUUGAUCCAUCUGAUCAUAUCGAUAUUGCUCAAAGUCUAUACAAUAUUGGUCGUAUUCUCGAUCAUCAAGAAAAGUACGAUGAUGCUCUCGAGUACUAUCAAGGAGCAUUGAAAAUUCAAGAGAAAGUUUAUUCAUCUGAUCAUGCUAAUAUUGCUAGAAGUCUCAGUAACAUUGGUAUUAUACUCUAUCGACAAGGAAAAUAUGAAGAAGCUCUCAAUUAUCAUCAGCGAGCAUUGAAAAUUCGUGAGAAAAUUUAUCCAUCUGGUCAUAUCGAUAUUGCUUAUAGCCUUAAUAAUAUUGGUAUUAUUCUACGUAAUCAAGGAAAAUAUAAUGAAGCUCUUGAUUGUUACCAAAGAACAUUACAAAUUGAAGAAAAAGUUUAUCCAUCUGGUCAUGUCGAUAUUGCUAAAAGCCUUGCUAAUAUUGGUAACAUUCUUUCCGAUCAAGGAAAAUACGAAGAAGCUCUUGAUUAUCAUCAACGAGCAUUGAAAAUUGUAGAAAGAUUUUAUCCAUCUGGUCAUCUCGAUCUUGCACACAGUUUGAAUAAUAUUGGCAUAUGUUAUGAAAAUCAGAAUCAGCAAAAGAUGGCAUUUGAUUAUUAUCAACAUGCAUUGACUAUUUAUGAGAAGUUUCUUUCUUUUGAUCAUCCACGUCGACAGAAAACCGAACACAAUAUUCGUCGACUUACUGGCAGAAGGCAAACUUACUAA